AUGGUUUAUGAGGCUGAGUCGCAAUGUGUUUUCUGCUCUUUGCCAAUACUCGACCUUCCCGGCAGGGUCGAGAUCUCUUGGCUGUGGAGUAGACUAACAAGACCAGAGCUGUGGAGCUACACUCAAACAUCCAAAUUGACCUUUGAUGGUGUAUCGUGCUCCAGUCACUUGCCUUUGUCCCGUUGGAGAACGCGCGUAAAACAAGGAGAUACGAUAGUUAUGCGUGCGCACAUGAGGUACAUGUCGUACAUCCCGCCCUGCAACGGACUCCGUAUCUAG